AUGGGUGUGUCUUUGCAGAACCUGGGGUUGUCACUGUUGAUACUGGUCGCUUUCUCCGGUCAGGCAUAUGCAUUUGGCGCUGGUAAUAUCGCCUCUCUUUCCCGUCUCGAAGGUCAAAACUGGCGCCAUGGAGAUAUUGAGGAUACGCUUCUGACUCUCUAUAUGGCGAGAGUCGCUGGUGGUAAAAAAUUUGGCAAGCUGGACGUGAAGCGGGUCUACUUCGGUAACUGGUUGCGUGAUUACAGCCAAGCAGUCGAUGUGGGCACCGUCAAGUAUGUUAGUGCUGAAGCCAUCCGUAUCCUACUCUGGGUACUGGGUUUCAUGAGCUUUGGAUAUGGAACCAAAGAAUUUGAGGUUACGACAGAACGGCUGGGAUGUUAUCAACCUACCGAGCAUAUCGAUAACCCCCUAGGUUAUGCCACGGGCGAGGAUGCGCGUGACUAUGAUCGUCGACUGCGUGGCCCCGUCGACGAAGAGCGAGAGCUUUCAGUGGACCCCCGCACCGGCUUGAAACACUACAUCGCAACGGAGGACUUGGGUAUCGAUACAUCGGCUGCACUGAUUCGCCGUGUGUUCGGCCGCUCCAUUCAGAUGGGUCGUCGUUACAGGCAAUCCGGGAACAAGGACGACCUAUAUGAAGCUCUACGACUGUUGGGCACGGGAUUGCACUGCCUGGAAGAUUAUGCUGCUCACUCUAAUUACACCGAGCUCAGUCUAAUUGAAAUGGGAGAAACGGAGGUCUUUCCUCACGUCGGACGCGACACCAAACUGCAGGUUCGCGGUGUUGAUGACGAGGUCUAUCCAAUCGUGACCGGUACCUUUGGCGGAGUUGAUUUCUUCCAUUCUGUACUGGGAGAGUUAUCUGAUAAGACAAUGCAGUCUGAAAUUGAGGGCUUGGAGAAUGUCGUUGCCCAAUCGGAGAACCAGGAUUCAUCCGAGAGCUUCCUGCAGACUCUGUUGAGCAAGGUUCCCGAUGGACUGCUUGGGGAUAGCAACGAUCAGACCGGCAAGAUGGACGACUUCAAAUCAAAGGCAGAUGAUGCCAAACAUGACGGCGAGAACGUCAAUCCUCGUGAGCCUGAAGAUUGGGCUCUCUACCUGGACAAUGUUCAGAAGCAGAUUUACCCAGUCCUUGAGUGGCAUGACACUCUGCUGAAACAAAUCAGUGAAGCCAUCGAAAAGAUCCCAAUCUUACCCGACCUGAUCGAGCAAAUUCAGGAUCAAAUCACUCUUUUUGUCUUUUCUAUUCUAGCUCCAUAUGUUCUUCCUAUUAUCAAGCAGGUCAAGUCCGAGCUCGAAACCGGUUCAUCCGAAGUGAUUCAGAGCAGCCGCGAGCAGCAGCACAUUGUAUUCAACGAUGAUGACUGCUCAAAUCCGACUCACUCAAUGCUCUCAAAGGACCACUUUUCAAACAUUCUCAAUGAGCCCGCUGGCCGUAUUGCAUCGGCUGUUGUUAAAUGGUCGGUUCCUCAGAUUAUGUCAUGCUGGGACGAUGAAAAUAUCGAUAUCAACCGAACUCUUGAUAGAAUUAUUUCUGGUGUUUUCCACCACCCUGCUCUCCGUGAGUCUGGACAUGAUGGAGCUGCCGAUAUGCGUCAAGUCAUGUUCUCCACGGUUGAGAAAUGGUGGAGCGAAAAGGAUGACGAGGAGCGUGACAUCCUCCGCGAGCAACUGAGCCGCGAUGGUGUCCUUGAAGGCAGAAACCAUAAAGAUGGCGUGCAGGAUUGCGGACAUGGAUGUGGCAAGCCGCUCGCUCUUCCCAAAUCUCACAGCAGCUCUGGCGAAGACCAAGUGUCCGGUGGCUCUGGUGAUGCUGGCAUUGAGAACCUUGCCUCCGAGGCUCUGGGAGGAGGCGCAUUUGGCGGUAUACUCGGUGGACUCGUAGGGGGCAUGGGCUCUUUACUUCUCAACAACAGCGGCUCAAAGCCUGACCGGGAGAGCCCAGAGCCUCAAAUCUACGACAGUGGGAAUUCCUACCAGAGUCGACCCCAAUAUGAGAGCCAGGGGCAAUACGGAGGAGAUUCAUACAAUCAAAUGCAGCCUCCUCACCAGAGUGGAUAUGGACAGCCAAGCGAAUCAAGCUACGGAGGCUACGGUCAGCCUCCGAUUCAUCACGAAGAAUACCGUCCCCGGCCCGACGGAUAUGAAUACCAGAGUGAAACUGUCUAUGGGCAGCCACCUGCGCGUCGCGAUGAGUACUCUGGCUACGCACCCCCAGGGGAGAAUUUCCGGCGCGAGGAGCACUAUCAAUACCAGUCGGAAAGCCAGGGUUACUAUCAGGAACAGACACGGGAGACCUACCAAAGUGGCCAAUCGGAAUAUCAGCGUACAGAGACACAGUAUGGAUACGGAAGCCCGCCUUCCCGUCAGGAAUAUGGACAGGAGUCCUCUGGAUAUGGUAGAUCUCAGCCUGGCUACAAUGAAUUUGAGAAUUCUGACUAUAAGGAAGGAUAUGGUCAGCGAGAGGGCGGCGAUGGAUACCGCCCUGAGCGACAAUAUGAGAGUGAAGAGCGCACCAGGUACCGUUCGGAUUCUCGCAGUGGCAGCGAUGAGGAGGAACAUUCUCACCGACACCACCGACACCACCGACACCAUGAACGGUCUGGUUCGGAUUCGGAUUAG